AUGAAUCCUCAUCAGCAGAACAAGGUCGAUAUCAGCUCCCUCAGUCCAGAUGAGCAACGUCUGUUGCGCCUUUAUGGCAAGAUGCCAACUAAGAAGGAUGUGCUCCAGAAUAAAUUGAAGGAACGCAAAUAUUUCGAUUCGGGUGAUUACGCUCUCAGCAAAGCUGGCAAAGCUUCAGACGUUGGCGUCACCAACGUUGGAUCUCGACAUCCCGUCCCAGAGAAUAUCCCCCAUCUGACAGCCACCUCUCCCGGCGCCAACAAUCCAGCUGCGAACAACAAUGGCGGUAGCACUAGCACCCAAGGGCAGCAGAUUCCCGGAAGCAUCAGUAGCCACCCCGGCUCAAUCGGAUUUCAGAGCAGAAGCCCCGCUAAGGAGGGUAGUUUCUUGCAGCGGGAAACAAGUGCAGAGGAAUCGGAGGGUGCUGCCGAUAACCAGGGUGCAGGGGAACCCAGCGUCAGUCCACCACCUGCUCGAGAGGGUGUUCCUAUCCGGCAAUAG